AUGGGGUUGAGCCUGAUGGAACCCACCGUUGCUAUGACGGCUGGGCUACUGUAUGCGAGCAAUGUGGCCUGGACGGUGCUCUAUGAUACAAUAUAUGCGCACCAGGAUGUAAAGGAUGACCUCAAGGCCGGAGUGAAGAGCAUUGCCGUCAAGCACGAGUCGCACACUAAGUACCUCAUGACUGGGUUAGGUGUAGUCCAGAUUGGACUGUUAGCAGGGGCUGGCGCAGUGAGUGGAUGUGGGCCCAUCUUCUAUGGGCUGAGUUGUGGUGGCGCCGCGGCAGGCUUAGGGUAUAUGAUUAGGAAGGCCAAUUUGAAGGAUGUGAAGGAAUGUUGGUGGUGGUUCAAGUGGUGCGCAUGGGCUGUUGGUGGAGUUGCCGUAGGUGGUGGGUUGUUUGGGGAGUAUCUGGCCGUGAGGACGGGAAUAUAUGGUGAGGAAGGCUGGUGGGGUAUGGGAGGGAGGAGGCAAAGGGUGCUCGGAAUAAAUACUGGAGAGGGCAUUCUCAUGAUUAGGGAAUAA